CAAAAUGCACGAAAAAUUAGCGAUUGUUCUGCACUUUCAUUUAUCUUUGUCCGGGACGUUGAAAUAAAAUAAUUCUUUUUUUUUAGUACUCGUUUUAUUUGUGUGGCGUCGAAGUGUGGCUUGUUAUUGUCGCCACACUUUUAGAUGGAUUUCGAACAACUGAAAUCAUGGAACUGGGUGAAAUUUUUAGAGAUAAACGCCGGCUGCUGGCCGUUUCAAAAUCCAAGGAAAAAUCUAUACAUACGGGUGUUUUCUUUUAUGGCGAUCGUUACGGUGUACAUUCCAUUGGCAAUAAAAUUAAUGCUCAGUUUAGACCAGUAUCAAGAAAUCGUGAUAGAAAAUUCAUUGUUUUUAAUGAUUAUCCACGGUCUCUUUGCCAAAAGUAUAGUACUGUAUUUGAACGAAAAACAGAGAGGUGACUUGUACCGGGAAGCACUGUCUCAUUUGGACGCGAUGGACGACGAGGGAGAGAAAGAAAUAUUGCGAGUUAGCUCCGAGUCGGCGACCAAAUGGAUGUUGACGUAUUUGUUCACUACGAUCACGUUGGGCAGUUUUUACCACAUAAUACCACUGGCGCACAUUCACAUGAAUUACUUUCUGCGAGCCAAUGCCACACCACCGCGACAAUUGCUCCACAUCAACGUCGAGUACUUCAUGGAGGACGAGGACAUCUAUUACUACAUCAUCGGGCACUUCUUGAUCGUUUUCGUCUUCGGCGGGAUCUUGUUUUUCGCGCACGAUCUGGGCUUCAUGGCGCUCGUGAAAGACAACUGCGCCCUCUACGAAAUUACCUGCUAUCGAUUGAGAAAUUGCUCGUCGAGGGGCAGCAGCGACAGUCGACGCUCGCAAGGCCUGGCCGACGAUGAAAUUCACGCCAACGUUCUCAGGGCCAAUGACAUGUACCAAUUGGCAAUGAGCAUCACCGAUCGCAUCGAGAAAGCCUACAACAUAACGUGGUUCGUCUUGCUGGUGCAAAACAUGUCGUCGUUCGGCACCUGCAUCAUGCUGCUUUACAUUCAAGAGGACCCGAUCGAGUUCAUUAGAUACAUCACGGUCGUCGGUUCGGGCUUGAUACAUUUCCAAACCAUAUUUUAUUCAGGUCAAAAAAUAAUCGAUAGCAGCCAAGCCAUAUAUCACGCCUGUUUUCACACCGAUUGGUUCACCUUCCCGAGGAGGACGCGAAAUUUGCUGAUAAUCAUGAUGAUGCGCAGCGCCAAGCCGUGCAAGCUCACCGGCGGCAAAGCCUUCAUUCUGUGCAUGUCCACGAUGCGGCAGUUCGUGCUGAAAGGCCUGGUGUACUUCCUCGUCUUUGCGGUUGAGUGAUAAAAUUAGAAGACGAGACAAUGGAGGUGUCAGAGAAAUUUGUACAUAUAGAUAUUACAUCCGACUCGUUAUAUAUUAUA